GUAUAAAAUUUAUCAGUUCCCCACAGUCCACACAACAACACAAACACAUUCACUUACAAUUUUUCAGUUUCCAAAUAACACAAAACGAUCGGUGGAGACAUGACGACGGCACACGAGACACUCUUCUCUUCUUACAAGAUGGGAAGAUUCGAUCUAUCUCAUCGAGUGGUUCUUGCGCCGAUGACGCGGUGCAGGGCGUUGAACGGUGUUCCAAACGCGGCGUUGGCGGAGUAUUAUGCUCAACGAACUACUCCUGGUGGCUUUCUCAUUACCGAAGGCACUAUGGUCUCUCCCGGAUCCGCAGGGUUCCCACAUGUACCUGGAAUCUAUUCAGAUGAACAAGUAGAGGCAUGGAAGCAAGUUGUGGAAGCAGUUCACGCUAAGGGAGGUUUCAUCUUUUGUCAGCUAUGGCAUGUUGGUCGUGCUUCUCAUCCAGUGUACCAACCUAAUGGAGUCUCGCCAAUAUCGUCAACGAACAAACCCAUCUCGGAUAGGUGGCGAAUUCUUUUACCGGAUGGAUCACACGGGAAGUACCCGAAACCCCGAGCACUAGAAGCUUCCGAAAUACCUCUAGUGGUGGAGGAUUAUAGCCGCUCUUCUUUGAAUGCGAUCCGAGCUGGUUUCGAUGGAAUUGAGAUCCACGGGGCGCAUGGUUACCUCAUUGAUCAAUUUUUGAAAAACGGAAUAAAUGACCGUACGGACCAAUACGGAGGCUCUAUUGCAAACCGUUGUAGAUUCUUAAAACAAGUAGUGGAAGGUGUGGUUUCAGCUAUAGGAGCUAGUAAAGUUGCUGUGAGGGUAUCUCCAGCAAUAGACCACAUGGACGCAACUGAUACUGACCCAUUAUCCCUCGGGUUAGCCGUGGUUGAUUUACUUAAUAAGUUACAAGAUGUUAAUGGCUCAAAACUCGCUUACCUUCAUGUAACGCAGCCUCGCUACCACGCCUAUGGACAAACCGAGUCGGGAAGGCAAGGUAGUGACGAGGAAGAAGCUAAGCUAAUGAGGAGCUUGCGAACGGCUUACAAUGGAACCUUUAUGUCUAGUGGAGGAUUCACCAAGGAACUAGGUAUGCAAGCUAUUCAACAAGGUGAUGCUGAUUUGGUUUCAUAUGGAAGGCUGUUUAUUGCAAAUCCGGAUUUGGUUUCGCGGUUCAAGAUUGAUGAAAAGUUGAACAAAUAUAAUCGAAAGACGUUUUAUACUCAAGAUCCAGUUGUUGGCUACACAGAUUAUCCUUUCUUGGCUCCUCAUUCACGACUUUGAGUCUUAUAAUCAAAGAGAAGAUAUAUUGAUAUGUAAAAUGACAAUGGUAUUAUUCUCCACUUAAUAAACGUUAUAGAACUUUCCAAAUUUA